AUGUCUCACCAAGUUAGAGUUGCCAAUAAGCAGGAGACAAGGUCUCCACAUCCUGUUAAAUUAUCAGUGGUAGAUGAAGAGGAAAAUAAGGUAGUGGAUGAUUUAAGAGACUUUGUUGCCCUCAACCUGUUGAAAUUAGUAUCAAAGGAAGUGGAAGGUGAAAUAAGACCUGGGUGA